UGCAUUCCCCUCUUGUGAGCUGGCAUAGCGUACUGCUGUAGACCGGAAGGCAGAUGGCGCCAGAACCAUGGUCAAAGGUUUCUUCUUGUCUAUUGGCAUGCGCCUGUAUUCCAUUAGCUGUCGGGCUAAGCCCAUGGGCGGCCACAACAAGUAGGUCUACUUCCUUUGGCUCAUCUUCCGCGCUUGGAUCCAGUGCAAGACUGUGGGCUCAACGCAGUAGCAGCAGCCGCAGCAGCAGCAGCGGCAGCGGCAGCAGCAGCUGCGGUACAGUUUCGCCUGGGCCAGGCGGAAGGUCAACACCAACCUGCAGCCUGGAUGACUUGAGGACGGCGCAGAGCGAGAAUGGGGGCGUGAUCGGUGAUGUGUCCUACGAUGAUGGCCACGUACUCCAGAACGUCUUGGUCUCUGGGUUCGAGGCAGGCACAGGGGCUAGGCAACGCGCCGAUGCCGUAGCAGACGCUGCCGCGUCGGGGACGCUCCUGGUAGACAAGUCUCACUGGGGAGUCAUCCGGGUAGAGGGAGAAGACAGGCUGAGAUUUUUGCACAGCCAGGGAACCAACGCUUUCGAGCGUGCUACAGUAGGUCAGGUGGUGGCGACUUGCUUCACCAACAACAUCGGCCGUGUGGUAGACUUUUGUGAGGGCGUGGUGCUAGACGACGCGGUGUGGCUCAUCAGCUCCCCGCACCGAUGGCAGAAGUUGCUUGGAACGAUGGACAAGUUCAUAUUCCCCAUGGAUAAAACUACCGUGUCGAGCUUGUCGGAGGAGCUGGCGGUGUUUUCCCUGGCGGGGCCGAAGGCAGCUGAGACCAUGGCCAUGGCGAAGUGCGCCUCGUGCCCGGAACCGGGUCGCUCGGUUGAGUGGGAGUUCGAGGGCGAAAAGGUCCUGAUCAUUGGUCAUGCACGGCCUCUGACAAGAACAAGAGAGGAGGAGGAGGGAGUCUCACAUGACGCCGAAGGCGUGCUCUCGGGGGACGGGGAGCGUCAGGGGACGCAGCAACACCCUUACUAUAGCGUCAUCGUCCCGGUGUCGGUAUCCUCGAAGGUCUGGUCGGCGCUCUCGGCCUCGCCGUCAGUCGUGGCCGCGGGGGAAGAGGAGUGGCAAACUCUCAGGAUCAAGCAAGGCUUCCCCUUCCCUGGGAAAGAGCUGACGGCCGACUACAACCCCCUGGAGGCCGGAUUGUGGCACGCCGUGCACUUCGACAAGGGCUGCUACAUCGGACAAGAGUCCAUCUCCCGAGUUAACGCCUACAACGCCGUCAGCAAAGCCCUCUACGGGGUGUCCUUCGAGGACUCGACGUCGCCCGAACAGGGGACAGAGCUUUUCGUGCAGGAAACCGGAAAGAGCGCCGGGGUAGUGACCUCCAUGUUGGACCGGGACGCAACUUCGCACCCGUUCGGCUUGGCGUACAUCAGGACCAAGGCUGGCGGGGUGGGAUUGAAGUUGUCGACAAAGGAAGGCGAGCCUCUGGGCACGGUAGUCCAAGUACCAUACCCUACCCGCUCCGACGCGGAGAGCGCCAUGCCGCCGGCGAAGAAGGAAGGUGAUUCGGGAGACAAGGCGACGGCCGCGGCGGCGGUGCUGGGCUUGGAGGAGGAGAAGGCCAAGGAGAAGGCUAGAAAGGCUGCCAAGCUGGAGGCGAUGCAGAAGAAGAUAGACGCCUUGAAGGCUAGAAGAAAGACUUCCUAG